GGCUCUUUGUCGAAGCUAGAGGACCGGCAGGCGGCAGCAGCAACUACGGCGGCGGCGGCAGAACCCAGCAGUGAUGUGGAGGUGGAGACCCACAGGAGCCCCGGACUUCACCUGAGCUACCUCAGUGGUCACCAAGGGUGGCAAGAAAAGGAAGAAAGCCCUGAGUUGGGGGGGACCAGGAUGCCUGACCGGGACAGCUAUGCCAACGGCCCUGGGAGCAGCGGUGGAGGCCCCGGAGGCGGUGGCAACGAGGAGGCCAGUGGGACAGGGGCAGGCAGUGGCGGGCCCAGCUCAGAUGCCAUCUGUAGAGACUUCCUGAGGAAUGUGUGCAAGCGAGGCAAGCGUUGCCGCUAUCGCCAUCCAGACAUGAGUGAGGUGUCCAACUUGGGGGUGAGCAAAAACGAGUUCAUCUUCUGCCAUGACUUCCAGAACAAGGAGUGUAGCCGCCCAAACUGCCGAUUCAUCCACGGCUCCAAGGAGGAUGAGGAUGGCUAUAAAAAGACAGGAGAGCUUCCCCCUCGGCUGAGGCACAAAGUGGCAGCCGGCCUGGGCCUUUCACCAGCUGACCUACCAAAUGGGAAGGAGGAGGUCCCUAUCUGCCGUGACUUUCUCAAGGGCGAUUGCCAGAGAGGAGCCAAGUGCAAGUUCCGUCACCUGCAACGGGAUUUUGAGUUUGAUGCUCGGGGUGGAGGAGGUGCUGGCGGUGGGGGCUCAGCAGGCCCAGUUCCCCCAGGACGACGUCAUGAGCUCUAUGAUAUGUACGACAUCCCUGACAGGGGCUUUGAGGACCAUGAGCCAGGCCCCAAGCGCCGGCGAGGUGGCUGCUGCCCCCCAGAUGGCCCCCAUUUUGAGUCGUAUGAAUACAGCCUGGCUGCACCCCGAGGGGUGGAGUGCAGGCUGCUAGAGGAGGAGAAUGCCAUGCUCAGGAAGCGGGUGGAGGAGCUGAAGAAACAGGUCAGCAACCUUCUGGCCACCAACGAGGUACUGCUGGAACAAAAUGCCCAGUUCCGCAAUCAGGCCAAAGUCAUGACCCUGAGCUCCACCGCACCAGCAACUGAGCAGACUCUGGCCCCCACCGUGGGCACUGUCGCCACUUUUAACCAUGGCAUUGCCCAGACUCACACUACUCUCAGCAGCCAGGCUCUGCAGCCGCGCCCCGUGUCCCAGCAAGAACUGGUGGCCCCGGCGGGAGCUCCAGCGGCUCCGCCAGCUAAUGCUGCACCUCCUGCUGCUCCACCACCCCCACCCCCACACUUGAACCCAGAGAUUACACCACUGUCAGCUGCUCUGGCUCAAACAAUUGCCCAGGGAAUGGCACCCCCACCUGUCUCCAUGGCUCCUGUGGCUGUAUCGGUGGCUCCUGUGGCCCCUGUGGCUGUAUCGAUGGCCCAGCCCUUGGCAGGAAUCACGAUGAGCCACACCACCACUCCCAUGGUGACUUACCCUAUCGCUUCCCAGAGCAUGCGUAUCACAGCCAUGCCGCACUGAUGGGGCUGACGGACACUCCCCGAUGUAGCCUCCUAGGGCUGGGGUCAAGGGGCCCUCACUCACUCACUCGCCUAGCCCUCCCAGCUCCUGUCUGAAGGGCUCAUUCAUGAACUAGGACUAGAGACUGCAAGAAGUUUGUUUCUGAGAAGGGGUUGGGUUGGUGUGUUUUCUUUCACCUCCCUAUUAUGAGGGUCCUCUUAUCCAUCUUCCUUCAAGCCUCACAGAGGGGGCUUGCAUAGGAGUGCAGACUGAAGCCAGCAGGGGAAGGACUGAUGAGGGGCUGUGUGUCCUCUUAUGGGAAUUUGGGGGACAUCCUUGGUCUUGUCCUCUCUUCUGCACAGUACAGGUUUCAGCACUGCUUUGGAAGAAAAAAAUAUCCUGCCCGGAGAGGAAGCCAGGAAAGAUUGGGAAGUGGGUGGCCAGAAGAGAAGGCCUGAUAGGAGCCUUCAGGCUAUCCGGCCCCUUCAGAUUCGGGGCCUGGUGGAGUUGGACAAUAUAGGAACUGCUCCUGGGCCCGUGGGGAGGCGAGGACCAUAGCACUCCAGCCCAAAGACUAGGGGAGCAUUCAUUACCUUGGCUUGGCCUGGACAUCCAUAGGGCAGGGCCCACCACGUUCCAAAGAAAUAAAAAAAAUUAUUUUUAACAAAUGGAGGCAGUGAAAACUUGCUUAGAUAUUCUGUGUGGAAGAUGGGAGCAGUAAAUAGAUCUCAUGCCAAAAUGGAAUAAAGACCCCACUCUCACAUAGCUUGGGUAAGGAUGGAUGGAGGCCAGUGAAGAAGGGUAGGGACCCAGAACAGGAUCAGAUGGGGCUUUGGGGAAGGUACUUUGUGGGGUAAAAACAUUGGAGCCACCUAGUCUAGUUUAAAAAUAGUCCCAUCUGUUUUGGUUUCUAUCUGCAUGUACUAUUCCCAGGUUGCCUUAGUAACCAGGGCUCCUAGGGUCAUUUAGGGGGGCAGGUCCUAAGGAGGGUGGAUGUGCUGGUAGAUGGGAAUGGGAUACGUAUCAACAGAUCCAUCCCUUAUUCAAACAGAGCAGGGCAGGUGGUGGUUGCUCUCUGAGUUGUUGAUGGCAGUUAAUGUGACUCCUUCCCCACCCCUUCCUCAGUUACCAAUGCCUUAAGCCUUCAAGCUUAAGAGGUGCUGGGGAAAGGAGAGUUCUGAGGACACAAGCCUCAGGGUUGAUCCCUUUCUUUCCUCUGCCUCCACGUAGGACCACAGAGGUUUUAAAUCCAAUUAAGAGUCAGUAAAACCCAAGGGUACCAGUAGCUAAACCUCAGUUCCUCCUCAGCUCAUGGCUGAUGUAGGGGAAACAACUCAGGUGUCUAGUCUAUGGGACAGUGGAUUUGGGGGUAGAGAAAGUGAUCCUGGUUUGUUCUUCCCCCAUCAUAUCUCCUGCUACCUCUUGCUCUCUUAUCUGAUUGAUCACUCAGGUUACACCUGGGGUUGGAGAUGGUGGGCUAGGUCAAGGCCAGUCAUUUAAAAGAAGGGGGGGGGGGCGCGUUGCUGCACGAAAGACUAAAAAUGGGCAAAUACUGAAAUAUUGUUUGUGGAUUCUAAAAACCACACGUUGAUAAGCUUAAUGUUGAUUUUCUGGUACAAUUCUGGAUUAUUAAAAGAGAUGGUUUGUGAGCAUUUA